AUGCGGCAGAGAGCGCGCGGCGGCCGUGGUGCUCGCAGCCGGCGGCCUGCGAAGCGGAGGGCGGAGCGGGGCGGGGGGCGCCCGCCGCCGCCGAGAUGCGGGCGCUGCUCAGCUACUCACAGCCCGCGCAGCCCGACGAGCUGCUGCUGGCCGUCGCCGCCGGAGCCAGCCACGCAGCCGCAGGGCGUGCUGCAGCGCCUGGUGCGGCGGCUGACGCGCGUGUGGGUUCGCUGCGACGAGGCGCAGGCGCUCGCCAAGCUCACAGAGGAACUCUCGAGGCGCCACUACCGCUGGCGCUAUCUGCACCCGCGCAUGCUGGCGGUGGAGUGCGGCGGCGAGGAGCGCAUGCGCGUGUGGGCGGUGCGCGCGGCGGUGGCGGGGGGCGCGGGGGGCGCGGGCGGCGGCGAGGCGCGGGUCGUGCUCGAGUUCCGGCGCUCGCGCGGCUGCGGGCUGCAGUUCAAGCGGCGCUUCGUCGAGCUGCGCGCCGCGCUCCAGCCGCUCGCCGCGCCGCCGCCGCCCUGCGCUCACUCGGCGGAGCUCGACGUCCCGCUCGAUGCCCCGCUCGACACCCCGCUCGACACCCCGCUCGACGCGCACCUCGAACCUAUGGACCAAACC